GAUGCGUACGUACUGUUGUUUAUUCAAAAAUAAUGUUUCGAUGAAGCGUCUUGGGUUGUUUUCGGCCUACACGAGCGCGAUUUUCAGAUCGUCGGAUCAAUGGAGAGUGAGACGGAUACGUGUUUAUUAGGGUGUCUUUUCUUCGACAAAUAAUGGAUUACCCCGCAUCUGGUUUGAGGAAUGAAGAAUCGUGCGUCGCUGACAUGAAACAAAACGAUGUCUUGGAUCUCCAAACGGCUAGAGGUAUGGUCAUAUAAAAGACUCAUCUGAUUGUUAACGGCUGAUAUUUUGUAUAUCAAACUGGGGGACCAGGACUGCUUAAUGUCGGAUUACAAAGCCCAGGCUGGGUUGUGCUUGCACAGAUGGCGAACACAAGUGAUCCAGGGGGAAGCAACCCCUCGCUCCAGAAUUAUGCCAUCACUGCGUCUGCGGUCAAACUGGCGUCUUUGGGGCUCAUCACCUGCAUCAGCCUGCUCGGGAACACCGUGCUCUCCGUGCUGGUGCUGAAAGACAGCUCGCUCCACAAGGCUCCAUAUUACUUCCUCCUAGACCUGUGCGUCGCAGACAUCAUCCGCUCGGCUGUGUGCUUCCCGUUCGUGAUGAUCUCCAUCAACAGCGGCUCCCUAUGGAGCUACAGCAUCCUCAGCUGCAAGAUCAUUGCGUUCAUGGCCGUCUUGUUCUGCUUCCACAUCGCGUUUCUCCUGUUCUGCGUCAGCGUUACGCGCUAUAUGGCCAUCGCGCACCACAGGUUCUACUCCAAACGCAUGACGCUAUGGACAUGCGUCGCGGUGAUAUGUAUGGUGUGGACGCUUUCAGUCGCCAUGGCAUUUCCACCUGUCUUCGACGUCGGGACCUACAAAUUUAUUCGCGAGGAAGAGCAGUGCGUAUUCGAGCACAGAUACGUGAAAGCCAACGACACGCUGGGCUUCAUGCUCAUGCUGGCUGUGAUUGUGGCCACGACGCACGUCGUGUAUGUAAAAAUGCUGUGUUUUGUUUACGACCACCGUAAAAUGAAACCCGCGCAGCUGGUUCCGGCUAUCAGCCAGAACUGGACCUUUCACGGACCUGGCGCGACGGGCCAGGCCGCUGCCAACUGGAUCGCGGGGUUUGGACGCGGUCCGACGCCGCCGACGUUAGUGGGCAUCAGACAAGCGUCACACAACGCCAACAACCGGAGGCUGCUCGUGCUGGACGAGUUCAAGAUGGAGAAACGGAUAGGAAAGAUGUAUUACAUGAUAACGCUGGCGUUUCUGCUGUUCUGGGCGCCCUACAUUGUCUCGUGCUACAUCCGGGUGUUUGUGAAGGGAAACGCGCUUCCUCAGGUGUUCCUGACCGCGGCCGUGUGGUUGACGUUCGCCCAAGCGGGGGCGAACCCCAUCAUAUGUUUCAUAUUCAAUAAGGAGUUGAGGAUGAGAUUCCGAGCCUGUUUGCCGUGUUGCCUGACUACACAAACCCCCAUGGAGCCCUACUGUGUGAUUUGAAGUGUUCUACUCACUUGUUUUCACCUGCUCUGCCUGCUCGUCAACAUUCAGUGGCCCCAAAAAGUAGUGAGACCGGGGAGUGUUUAAACGUCUUAUUUUGAUUAUAAUAUUCCCAUAUUUGUCUUCUUCGAA